AUGGAUCGCCUGAAAGUGAAACGUGCCAGCCGUCGUACACAAACAACGAAGCUCAUCAACGACGCCAUGGCUGCGCUGAACGAUGGAUCUUCCAGAUUGGAUGUGGUCAACAGCCUACUGGAACGACUCACAGUAAGUCACAGUGACUUGACUACUCUCAACAAAGAGAUAGAACCGCAUGUGCGAGAGGAGGAACUCGAAAGCGAGUACGUCACUGUGAUGGACUAUGAAGACAGAGCGACGGAAACGAUUGCCAACCUGCGUUGGAGACUGUCGCAAUCUCAGACGUCGCCGUCUCCACCGCAGCUUUCUAACGUACAGACAGAUGUAUCAAGAACGCCGCAUGCCCCACGUCCUGGAGUGAAACUUCCUAAGCUUAGCCUUCAGCAAUUUCGUGGAGACCUCUCCGACUGGCAAGGGUUUUGGGAACAGUUCAGAACAACGAUUCACGACAACGAGGGGCUAAGCAGGAUAGAAAAGUUUCACUAUCUCCGUUCUCUACUCCAUGGUCCAGCCGCUGGAGCUAUCGCCGGCUUGCAGAAGUCGGAGGCAUCUUACGACGACGCUGUGGAAAUCCUUUCUCAGCGUUUUGGUGACCGUGGGCGGAUAGAAAAACAAUACCUCGCUAAACUCCGCAACCUACCGGCCGUCACAUCAUCGGAUGAUAUACAUGGACUUCGUAAACUAUACGACAACGUACAGAUGAACAUCCGUGGUCUCCAGUCCCUGGGAGUUUCCAGCGCAAACUAUUCUGCUAUGCUGUCUGAAAUCCUAUUGUCGUCACUCCCUACGGACAUUGUAGUGGAAUACCAUCGCUCUACAAAUCGUAAACUACAGCAAGACGAGGACGGCUCUGAAUCGGCCUCAACGCACGGUGCUUCGGACACAUCGAAGGACGCCACAUCCGACGCAACGAAAGAAAUAAGCAACAUUCUUCGAUUCUUUCGUAUCGAGGUAGAAAGUCGAGAACGCAGCGAACUGACUCAAGACAGAAAGAAACCUUCCGUGGCGCCUGAGCUACGGCAGGCCUUCAACCAACGCAGUACAUCCUCGGCCGCGGUACUCUACAGUGCGUCAGUUCCUAAGUGCGGCUGCCUCUUUUGUUCGGAUACUGCGCACACAACGGACAACUGUGCUGGACCACUUCCAUUGGAUCGGCGGAAGAAGAGGUUGGCUGAUGAUCGACGCUGUUUCCGGUGUACUAAGCGAGGUCACAAUGCCAAGGAAUGCCGAGGAAAAAUGCGUUGUCCGAAAUGCGGUGGGAGGCAUGCCGUGGCAAUGUGCGACCCAUCCUGGACGCCCCCGAAGAAAAACGCUGACGGUGCAACAGCUACUAUGCUGGCAGAUGAAGACACCCCUGCGGGGAGUAACACUGUGCUGCUGCAAACUUUCCGCAGUUGGGUCAUGGGCGACCAUAAUUGCACGUACAUACGGGGCGUAAUUGAUGGAGGCAGUCUGCAGACCUUUAUCCGAAAAGAUGUGGCCGACAAACUUCGCCUCAAUGUGCUAGGCAACAUCACGGUGAGCCUUAACACUUUCGGCAGUACUACCGCCACCCAACGACGACAACGAUGCAAUGUAGUGGAAGUCCGGUUGCGGAGUCAGUUCGCACCAACGGAAUUUACUGUGCAAGCUGUCACCGUACCCUUCAUCUGCCGUGACAUUUGCAAAACUACAGUGGAAGACGAAGUCGCUCGGGCCAUACGUGCGGAUGGUGGCUACAUAGCUGACGAACUGCUGUUCCCCGACAUACCCGCUGAGCCCGGUGUUUCUCUGCUGUUGGGUUGCGAUCAACUCUGGAAUCUCACUAACGGAAAAAUUAAACGCAGCGCAUUCACCUGA